AUGUCCCAUGUAUUCAAAUUCGUUGAUUCACCCCCUAAAUCCUCUUCUGACUUCUCCGAUUUCACUCAAGUUUGCUCGAAACUCGCUGCUUUCGUAAAAUCGGAAGCUACAAAAGUGGAAGGCCUGAAAACGAAGCUGAGCAAUUUGAAAGACGACAAAUAUACUAAGUAUCUUAUGGAAUUCAACGAAUACAAUGUGACCCAAGAGUUCCAAAGGUUCGGCAGGUUUCAAGACGUUUUUAAGCAAGGAGACGUGAUGGAAAAGGAGAUUCGAGACUUGGAUUACAAAAAUGCCAAUCGACGUGGGUGGAUAGAGAAGAUGAAUAUCUUCCAAUCCGUCAAAUCCAAAUUCUUCGAAAUGAAGGCUGAAAUCCUGAAAAGACGCGGAUUCUACACUCCCGAAUCUAUUGAAAACCUGAUGUCCCUCAGAUGGCUUGUCGAGAACCUCGCUGAUAUUCCAAUCCAGAGCUUCAAUAUAACAGCUGCCGAUGGUUUUGUGGCUUCCUUGACACCAAUCUUCGAUUUGAAUUUCGCGGCUCACCAAGAAAAAUGCUCAAUCGCUUAUGCAAGUUUUAAAGCACUCUUGAUAUUUGCAAAUAAAUUUUGGCUGCUGAAAAAGUCUCGUGAGUACCUUUUUUUUCAGAAAAAUCAAUCUAAAAAUUGA